AUGGAAGGAAAUAAUGCACCGGUUCAAACGUUGAAAGAGCAAAAUGACAAUGUCUCACGUAGCCCCUCGAAGGAAGAUGCUGAAAAUAACGGAGGUCAUACGGUAGGUAUUCUUAACAAAAGCACUUAA